ACCUCACCAGAAUAUACUCUUGGCACGUGUCAUCGACAAACAGAAUAAUCUAUUCUAUUUUUCAUUAAAAGUGUUUUGAAAAAAACUGUAAAAUGACAAAAGUGCGAAAGGUGAAGCGUAGGAAGACCUACAAAGUCAGUAUAAAUAGAAAAAGAUUGCGGAACAAAUUGCGGAAAGUUCCGAGUAUAACUUGUCCACAGAUAAAGCAAGCCUGGAACUCGAAAAAAUCCACAAAAACCAACUUGCACCAGAUGGGUCUAGCCUACGACCCAAACCAGGUUCUGAAGGUCCCGAACGUGAAGAGCGCCCUGAUAAAAUCCGCGAAACGAAAGGCAUCAGGUGAUCUAGCAGAAAGCGACGAGGAAGCUCCCCCGAGGAAGAGAACCCCGCAGAAGAUCCAAGUGGCUAAGGACCUAGAAGCAGAGGCUCGAGCCCCCAGAGAGAGGCUGUUCAGACUCCCCAAAGGGCAGGUUCUCUUCCUGACACAGCUAAUGGACAAGUACGGGGAGGAUUACAAGGCGAUGGCACGCGACAAGAAGAACUAUUACCAACUCACUUGGAGGCAGAUUCGCCAGAAGAUAAAUACGUUCAAGAAUAUCCCGGAGCAGUAUGGAGAGUACCUCGUGCAGAGUGGGGAGAUUGUUCUGGAUGACCCGAUGACGUUGGAGGAGACGAGGAAGAAGAUUGCUGCGGAAAAUGUUGAGAAGUACUGCAGGAGUAAGAGAGAGAAGACGAAGAAGAAGAGUGUGAUUGGGCAGUGGAUUGAGGAGACGAUUGGAGAUGAUGAGGAAAACACGUUUGAGACGGAUAAAACUUUGGAAGAUGAUGAUGAUGAGGGGAAUGCAGAAGAUUCGAAAAAUAAAUCUGCAGAGGGAAAAUUAAAGCUGUUCCCUGACGACGAGAGCGAGGAGGGCCAGGGUGCUGAUAGGAAGAAGGUGCUUGAGAAAAAAAAUGGUAAGACGAGUGGGAGGAGCAAACGUGAGGAUCGACUGGAGAGAUUAUCAUCGAGUGACAGUGAGGAUAGUGAAGAGCUGGAGGGAGACGACGAUGGAGAGGACUUCAGGGAUCUAGAUGAUAUGAGUGAGGAGGAACUGUCGGAGGACGAUAUCUUGGAUGAUGGAGAAUUUGUCUCGGAUGAGGAGGACAGUGAAUAAAUAUUGUCGAUGACACUUAAUUCAUAAUUCAUAUAAUAGGUGAUGAUGAGGAGGAGGAAGACGUUUAAGACGAAUAAAACCUUGGGCGAUGAUGAUGAUGAUGAGGGGAAUGCAGAAGGUUCGAAAACUAAAUCAUCAACUGCAGAGAGAAAAUUGAAACUGGAGACGACGAUGGAGAGGGCUUCAGGGAUCUAGAUGAUACGACUGAGGAGGAAUGAAUAACGAUGACAGUAAAUAAAUACCGUCGUUCUAUCACAAACUUGAUUUUUUUAAUUACAAAAAUGGAAGUGUAAAUAAGAAUCAGUUAAUGUCUCUCGUUUCGUGCAGAGAAUAUAAUUUUUUAAUGAUUCCUUGAACUUAUCUUUUGGUUAGAUGAUUGAAUACCUGUUCAAUACCAUCUUCUGAAUUGAGAAAGACAAUUAUUCAGUUAUUGGAAUGGUCUCGUAGAUCUUUAAAUGAUAUUCAGGCCAUUUCCAUAAUUCGUAAAUUUUGUAUGAAGUUUUAGGAAGCGUAAGUUAUGAAAUCCUUUAAUUCAUGAUUUAACAUCUCUUGUUUUGUAUAAAGUUAUUCGAAUAAUUUCCUUAAUUUAAUACGAAGUUGAUUGAUUGUUCUUUAGUACAAAUGUUUUUUCAAGCAUGAGCUGGAAAAAUAUCCCUUUAUGUAAUUCUUUUGAAUAAAAGUAGAAAGUUUUUUCUUAUUUUUAUCAUUUUUUGAA